CAGUUCGGUUUCGUCCUCCAGUCAUGUGGGCUUCCUUGGCGUUUCCCCUUCUCGUCGUCGCUCUGGUGUUGCAGCAUGGUGUAGCCCAGAACGCAGGGACGGAGGUGGCUAACUCCACUGCUGUACCGCUGUCAGCCAAGAGCCUAUUGUCGGGUUAUGACGAUAACUACAAGGCUCCGUCAUAUGGAUCUAAUAUACAGUAUGGAGGAGGCUCCUAUGGGGAAUCUUCCUAUCCCAAGCCUGAGUCGUACGCCGAACCGGUUGCGGAAUACCAGCCGCCUGCUGCAUACGAGCCUCCACCCCAGCCCGAAUACAAGCCGCCUCCACCGAAAACCAUCGUAUAUUCUCCUCCCGUUAAGAUAUUAGAUUGCAAGGUUGUCUGCCAUGGAGACUACAUGGUGAUCACCUUCAAAUUCUCUGGUCCCUUCUACGGCAUCGUCUAUCCUUACGGCCAAUACGACUGCGUCGUGUUCCGGGGACAAGGAGAGACGGUUUGCGAGAUCACUCUGCCCAAGAACCUCUGCGCAGGCAAGGGAUACAAACCCCCAGCUCUGGCGGCAUACAGCUCGGAAUAUUUGCGACAUCACAUCAUGGUUCAAUUAGACAAGAACUUCGUGGGUGCAUGGGACGUGCACGUGAUUGCUAAAUGCGACAAGCCCCAAGGUUACCAAAAGAAGGCAUCAUUCGAAUUCUUCACGAUUGAUAAGCAGGCUGUUGUGCUGUCCGGGAAAUUGCUUGGUGCAGCCAAGCUGACGUACGAGAUCCUGCAAGGCCACGGAAGUUACCUCCGUCCUCUGACUGGACCCGUUCUCCUUGGAACUCCACUCACUCUGCUCUUCAAGCUGACCGAACCGUACAUGGAAAUCGACAUGAACAUCGUAUCCUGCUGGGCAGUGGAGGGGAAGCCGAGCAAGCAAUUCGUCCAGAAUCCCAACUAUGGCGCUACUUCACCCGAGAUCCAGGUCAUAAGCAACGGUUGUUCCACUCAACCCAAGAUCUUCGAGAAUUCCGUGAAGAACAAAGACGGUGGCUACGGAGGCUCGAAGGCGGUCACAACACAGAUCCCCUUCCAGGCUUUCCGCUUUCCCAGGUCAGACUGUGUCAUCAUCCGAUGCGAGAUUCAGAUCUGCUAUGGGAAAUGUGCCGUGUACGAGACCUGCCCCAUCUACAAGCCAGAGGAAUACCAGCUUCCUUCAUACCCGACACCAGAAGCCUACAAGGCUCCAUCUUACGAUUCAUCUUAUCCCAAACCGGAAUCUUACGACACUUAUCCCAAACCCGAGUCGUACGAUACACCUGCUUACCCAGCUCCCUCUGGCUAUGGCUCUGUCCCAUCCUAUGGAGGUCAGUCAAACUAUGCUCAGCCGAACUCUUAUGGAUCUGGCUAUAAUGCACCGCCGAGCUCUUACUCGGCUCCGUAUGGUGGCCAAUCUGGCUAUGCUGCUCCUGAAUCCGGCUACAAAGCUUCACCUGGCGCUUACCCUGCACCCAAGCCUAGCUAUUCCGCCCCGAGUAACACCUUCAGCCCGAUUUCCUAUGGAGGAAACGCGAAACCCUACAGUCUGUCGGAUUCCAUCGCCGACAGGCGAAGGAGAAAUGUUGGCGAGGUCUUGGAGACCGUUGUCAUCGAACAUGUGAUCCAGAUGGAAAAUCCCGCCACCCAGGAACUCCGAGUCAUGGGAAGCAAGAGCAAGGCUGUUCGUUCCACUAGCGACGUUCUCAUGGAACUCGGUUCCUCUCAGCUCAAGGCCAACUGCGACAAGGAGAAGAUCGUCCUGAAGCUUUCCUCUGCCAAGCCUUUUAACGGCACCCUCAGUAUUUUCGCACCGGGUGUUGAGGACUGCGAGGCUCACGCCCACUCCUUCGGCGAGGUCUACACCGAGCUCUCCCUGUCACCGAAGACCUGCUCCAAGCAACCGGAGGUCUUCAUGGCUGCUCUUAGCGCCGGCGACUUUGCUGAGGAAACCAUCUUCGAAUGCCAGAUGUCUUAGCUUGGAUUCCUCCUCUCAGGCUCCCAGUGACCCUUUUAUCUUGUUUUUUUUUUUAUUCAAAGUAUUUUAUAGGAAAUGUUGUUCAGUUCCGUAUUUUUAAAAUAUAUUUCAGCACGUUUAUCAACUUGAUUGUUUCCCUUUUCGACCCUGUGACUCGUGACUAAAACCCCAAUUAUUUCU